AGUUGGUCAUAGCAUUAAAUAUGGCGUCGAUGUGAAAGAAUUUGUGUAAGAUUACUGCUGCAAAACUAGAUACAUUUUAGCAAUUAUCCACAAUGAUGAAAAGACAGCAAGAUCGGGAUAGCCCACCAAGGUCCAAGCGAUCCAGAUCAAAUUAUUCAGGGCCUGACCAUGAGGUGCUACGUGACCGAAUGAGUCCAGACUUUGAUCGGCGUGAUAGCCGCAGUAGCAAGUUUGGGGGCGAUAGAUCGAGCCGUGAAGGGAAGCCAUACCGAGAUUAUGAUCAUGACCUUGAUCCUCCACCAAGAAAACAAUUUCGGGAUGACAGAAUUAUGGAUGGGGGAUAUAGUCCACCUAGUGGGAUACCCCCAGCACGAACAGACGCUAAAUCGCCCGAAUAUAGAUCUCUGUGUGUGAGUUGUAUCCCCAGCAAAGUACCUGACCCAGUUCUAAAGGAGGCCCUCAUUCGCGAAUUUACGAAGUUUGGAGAAAUGAAUGUAAAAGUUACUAUUUCAGGAGACCAGAGAGUUGCUUAUGUUAAUUUUAGAUACCCAGAAGACGCUCGCAAUGCAAGACAUGCUAAAGGAAAGUUGGUGUUAUUUGAUCGACCAGUUAGAAUAGAACCUGUUAUAAAAUACUACAGACGUAGAAGUAGUAGCCCAGAAUUUCAGAGAGAUUUUUACAAAGGUGGUGGUGGUGGAGGAAGGGGAAGCCCUCCUCCACAAUUUAGACAUGGUCCCCCCAGACCCCCUAUGCGUGAAUAUCCGCGAGAUCCCCCUAAGCAUAUACCCAAUGAUGGGCCGCGUAGAGCUCCCAAUGAAAAAUUUCCUCAUCAUUUAGAUCACGUAGACCCAGAAUUUGAUGAUAAAGCAACAAGAACCUUGUUUGUAGGCAAUCUAGAUGUUAAUAUUUCCGAUCCAGAUCUAAAAGCUAUAUUUGAAAAAUUUGGGGCAGUGGAAGACAUUGACAUAAAAAGACCACAAAGAGGUCAAGGCAAUGCAUAUGCAUUUAUUAAGUUUAUGAAUUUAGAUUCAGCUCACAAAGCAAAAGUUGAAAUGUCUGGCAAAUAUAUUGGUCGUUUUCAGUGUAAGAUUGGGUAUGGUAAAGUGACACCAACGACUUGUUUGUGGAUAGGUGGACUAGGACCAGGCAUUAAUUAUGAGACUCUUGAAAGGGAAUUUGAUAGGUUUGGGGUGAUACAUAGAAUUGAAUGGCCACAAAGUAAAAGCUAUGCUUAUGUUUUAUAUGACAGUAUUGAUGCUGCUCAGGCAGCAUGUCAAGACAUGCGAGGUGUUCAGUUGGGUGGACAGAGUAAAAGACUGCGUGUUGACUUUGCAGAUGUGUCUCAUAUUGGUUUGCCAAGUGCUAGUGGACCAGGUGUCGAAACCUUUCCAGAUCGUGAAGGUGGAUUUAGACCAGAUAAACCAAGUCCAUGGAAAGGUCCUGAAGAACGGCGUAGAGACGAUUGGAUUCCUGAACCUGGCGACCCACACUUGAGAAAUUUGGAUGGUCCCAGAGAUGGUAGAAUAAAACCUGAUUGGGAUAGAUUUAGUGAAGAAAAUGGUGACAGACGUCGACGACCUCGAUCUCCGGGUGACUUUGGAAAUGGUCCUAACUCCAUAAAAAAUAGAACCCCUGAAAGACGUGACUUUCAUGGUGAACGUGAUGAUGGACGUCGCCUUCCUCCCCAAGGUACGCCAAAUCGUGACUUUGACCGGCCUAGUAGUCACCACCACACAUCAGAUUCUGGUAUCGAUAAAGACAUAGGGAGAGAUCGGUGUGAAACAUUAGGUGAUCUCAUUCAAAAUCUACCUGUAGCUUGGAACGGGGCGCUUAUAUUAAAGAGUAGUGCUUUUGCUGCUAGGAUGCAUGUGUUAAGUGGUGAUGUGACAGUUGUUGACAACUUAAUGAGAGAUCCAACAACAACUGAGUCCCCAGUACUGCGUAUUACACAGAGAUUAAGAUUGGAUCAACCUAAGUUAGACGAUGUUUCGAGACGUAUAACCCAAUCAGGUGCACACGGCCAUUGUAUUUUGUUGGCUUUACCAAGUACUCUACAAAACUAUGAUGACUCAAACGGAGCUGUGCAACAGAGACCUUUACGUAACUUAGUACAGUAUUUGAAACAAAAAGAAGCCGCUGGUGUCAUUUCUUUGCCACCCAAUCCAACACAAGACAAGAAUAAUGUGGGGGUACUUCAUGCUUUUCCACCAUGUCAGUUUGGUUAUAACUUUUUGUUAAAAAGAUCCCCUCGAUUACCCCCAGAUCCCUUGCCAGAAGAUUAUCUUGUUGUCGUAGUUGUUUUAGGGGCUGCAUAAAAAGCAGUCAAGACUUUUAUUAUUGUACAGCUCAAAUUAUUGUUAUCAAUGAAUGUAUUGUAUGAAGUUCUUGUUUUCAAAUCUGCUUUAAUGCCAUUAUCAAUACCCUUAAUUAAUGUUACUGAGCUUUUGUUAAUUUAUUACAAAUGUACAUAUAGGUUAGGUUCCAACUAAGCUAUGUAGUGUACAUGUGCAAUGUUUUAGACCAUAAAUUGUUAUCUAGAAAUAUUUUCAAACUGUUGACUGCAUAAUUAACUAUUAUUUCUAAAUGCACAAGUCUCUUUGUACCUGCCUUUUGAUAUCUUGGGCUAAUCCGCCAUGAGUUUUUACAAAUAUGGUCAAAGCAUCAUCGAAAAUUCUAAGAAAAAAACCAAUCAGACUUGUCAAGAGAAUAUGCUGCAUGUAUGGUAGAAUGUAUUUAUAGGCUAGCCGCUAAUUACGUAUUUGACAAUUUGUCAUAGUUUCUUGACAGUUGGAAUUCGAUAUAAGAGUAGGCCAUAGUGCCACUUCACAGGCAAAAUUUCACUCAUAGCACACUGUAAGGCGUAUGCCCAUCUUCAUUAGCCCAGUUAAAGGAGCAGAACAAUAGGACGUUAAACCACAUUUCAUUUCAUUUAUGUCUGAAAAUAGUCUUUCUACAUUGAUUUUAAUUAAUCAUUAUCACAUAAUCUUCAUUUAAUUCGUAUAAAAAAACUCUUGGCUGUGACUUACACAACGUAGAAAAACAAAGUGUACGUAAAUAUACAUGUAUUCUUGAGUAAAAAAAAAUAGCAUUUGUUUUCGACAAUUACACAUUACCAGUUUUAAUAGAGAAGUUGUUUGGAAAUGUGUGUAAUUAAUUCUGUAUUACUAUUUUGUUCGAAGUUGGUUUAUGUAUGCUUUUAUGUAUAUCUUGCUUUUCAUUUCAUUAUGAUAAAUAUAUAAAUUUAAAGAAUAGCAAAUAACCUCUGACAUUUAAUGUUGACUAACCAAAUUCAUUGAAAGUGUCUUUAGUAAAUGAAAAGGAAGAUCAAUAUCAAUGGCUUGUUCUAUUAUAUAGAUUGGACAGAUUCAGAUCUAUGAGAUGGCUACAAUGUUUUGAUUGGUUGAGAAUCAUGUAGUAAAAGCAAGAUCUUUCAUUGAGAACAAAAAUGUACUAUGUGUUGUUGAUUUAUUUUUGAAUUUGGAAUUACAAUUGUAUAUUUAACAAUAAUUUCAUAUAUUUGAAUAAUUUAUUUAAUAAUUAUAUCAUGAUAAUUUAAAUUUGUCCAUUGAAUAUUAUGAAUACUGUUCCAUAGAUUGUUGAUAUCGGCCAGAUACUCCACAUAUUUACAAUAUGGAUUGAGUUUAUCCACGAAAAAAUAUUGCUAAAUUUCAUUAUCAUUAUUUUUUGAAACAGUGUUAUUCAAUUACAUGCUGAAUAGUUGACAGCAUAGUUUAAUUUGUAACCAUACCCUUGGAAAAUGUAUAAUCUCAUUUAUUUCGAACUAGGAUAAAUAAGAGUCUUUCCUGAAGCAUAAGCCAAUUUUGUGUGAGCAAUACAAAUACUCUGACAUGUCAGAUGUGCUAGUUUGUAUGGAUGUGAUUUAAGAUUUAUUUGAUACUGUUUUACCAAACACAGGCAAUUCAAGAUAGAUGGUAGUGUGAUACAAUAGAAAUGGGUCUGAUUUCCAUGUGACCAUCAAUUAAGUCAUGUUUGUGCACAAUUUAAAAUAAAAUAUACAGAAGUGUGAUUUUAAUGUCUGUUUAAAGAUUCUUAGCCAGGUAUUAAUGAGUUGUUGAACCAUUUUUUAUUUUAGUUAACUUUGAAUAACUUUGUGAAAUAUUGAUAUUGAAAAUCUAUAAAUUAAUGAAAAUAUCAAGAUGUUUGUUACAGAUUUUUCUUUUUCAAAGGUUAAAAUGUACUCUCGAUUAUUUAACUUCCAUUUUGCAUGUACUGAGUUUUUUUAAGCUUUUUUGAAGAAUAAUCUGACAUUUAAUUUAUGUUGUCAUUUCAAAUUUAUUGUUUUUAUCCUAUAGCAAUGCAGGGGUUAUUUUUCUCAAGAAUUUAGUACAAAACUGAAGAAUGUCAUGACAUAUUACAUCUACAGUAAUAAUGUUCAUGGUUCUUUAUAAUGUUUGAACAGAUCAUUUCAUUUGAAUGGUGAAAGAAAUAAUUUGUGGCAGAGAUAAAAAUUAAUUGCUUGUGUGAGAUGAACAGGUCUACUGAUUUCACACUUAAUUAGCACAACAUAUAUAUUUGGUUGCAUUCUAUAACCAUUAUUAGUGCCUUCUCAAAGUACCUAAUUUAAAUAGUAAAAUUUUAAAUGUAUAUUUUAAAGGGAUGAGGAGGGGGGGGGGUAAAGUGAACUUUGAAUUUUGUUAUUUUAAAUCAUGACCAUAAUAGUUCUACAUGGCAUUGGUAGUUAAGAUUUAUUAUUAACUCUACUUCACUGAUUCUUUAAUAAUACUACAUGUACAUGUGAAUAUUUAUUUUCAACAGGGAAUUUUCUUGUGUGCAAUUCAGUGGAAUGCAAGCCAAGAUUAUGUUAAUGUGUUUAUUUAUUGUGCUUCAGUAGAUCUAAAAUGUGUUUUUAUGUGUAAAUUGUGAAAGAACUAAAGGCUCUGUGAUGAAAAUGUGACAGUUGAAAAAUAAGUGACUCCAGAAAUCAGUUAAAAAAUUGGGUGUUCUUAAAAAAAAAAAAAACUUUGUGGAAAAGCAGUGGCCAUACCAAAGUGUAUAUUAUAAAUUAGAACUAAGUGCUGAUCUUCAUUGAACUCGAGUAGUGAAAUUUCAAUGGGUGUUAAUAUAAUUUGUGUUAUUCAGAAGACUGAUCGUGAAAUCAUCAGACAUUCGGUUUAAAAAUGUGAAAUCUAUUUUAAUCUUUUAUGACAGAAUCAACUUAAUUCUGGUUAGUUGUAAAUACCGCAAAUGUGUUAAGGGUUUUCGAUACACAGUUUAAUUUUUGCAGCUGUAAAAACAAGCUUUCAUAUUUAUGCUUUUGAGCUUCACGCGAUGAUACUAUUUUAUUUAUGCACAUAUUCUUUUUCGGAAGUGUCAUUUUUUUUGUUAUUUUCGUGGAAUGUUUCCAGAUGAGCAAACAAGAAGUGUAAUUGUCGUACGGCACAUAUUUGUUUUUAAAAUACAGUUACACACUACCAUGGUAGAACAUGAAGCAAUGUGGUAGUUUUAAAACCAUUCGGUAUAUGGUACCAUUUGUGUUUUUCUGCAUGUUCCAUUCUAAUAUUACUAUAUCUACAUGUCUAUUUAGUGAGUAGUUUGUAGAACUUGAUAUCAAGCAGUGAGGUAGUACGGUAUGUAUUAACUAAGGAAGACGGCAUCAACCUAUGGCCAAGAGGUAAACAUCCAAGUGCUUAUCUUUGUGUUGUGAGUUGUGGUUUUAAGUAUAUAUAUAUUUUUUUUGCCCCAUGUACUUCUUAUGCUGUAACUAUUUGGGCUUGAUGAUGCAGUUUUACUAUAGAAUAAACGUAUAUUGGAAAAAUU